CAGUUCUUAUUUAUUAUUUUUCGUUUGCUUGGCUUUGAAUUCUCAGUCUUUUCGUUGUCUUGAAAUUUUAGUUAACCUUUUUAUUUCAAUUAUUUGCUCAUUUUGAAUCGAGGCUCCUUUUUUUCUUUCUUUUCUUCUAUCCUCUUUUUCUCAGUUUCUGCGCUCCGCCUGCCUAAUUCAUUUUUUUUAGUUUUUGAAUCGGCAAAGAAAAAAAUUAUUUCUGGCGCUCUUGUUCUUAUCUUUUCAUAUAUAAAUAUCUGUGUAUACUUUCAAUUUUUUAACAGACAAAGAAAAGAGAAUGCUGUUUUCAAUUACACGCACGACAUCACGGCUGGCGUCGACAAGCGCAGCGAGAAUUUCGGUGCGGCGGGCAGCGCUGAGCACGUUCACAUCGCGCAAGGCAGGCAAGCCGGCAGCAGCGACAGCGGAGGACACCAACGGUGCAGCAACCUAUGCGGCAUUGGAGGCUCGGCUGAACCUGCAGUUCAAGGACCGCAAUCUGAUGGACUUCAAUGAGCGGCUGCAGUGGCUGGGCAAGCGCGUUCUGAACCUUGUUGUGGGCGAGUACCUGUACGCCAAGUACCCCAACCUGCCGGCGGAGGCGCUCCAGGAUGUGCAGCAUGGCAGCUUUGGCAUGGCCAGCUUGGCCGAGGUCGGCAGCACUUUGGUGCUGGGCAAGGCUGUGCAGGCUUUGGUGGGCGCCGUCUACGCUGACCAGGGCGCGGCUGCUGCGCGGCAGUUUGUCAAGCAGCACGUGCUGAGCCGGCCCAUUGACGUUGAGCAAGCGCUGGCGAUCAAGAACCCCAAGCUGAUGCUCGUUGCGCUGACUAAGCGCAAGAACCUGGAGUACCCGGUUGCCCGCAUUAUGAAGGAGACCGGCCGUUUUACGGCGUCGCCUGUCUUUAUUGUUGGUGUCUUCUGCGGGGUGCGCAUGAUUGGGAUGGGCUUUGGUAGCUCUAUCAAGAUGGCUGAGCAUAGGGCCGCUAAGGACGCACUGAUCAAGCACUACGCUAAGGAGAUCAAGGACAUUAAGGUUAACGAGGCCGGCGACGAGCACAGCCUGUCCUUCUUCGCGGAGGGCACUGAGGCAUCGGCGUAACGGAAUGGGGGGAAAGGAAACCCCACUUGCUUUGCCAUUUUCUAUAGCAACAGCAGCAGUGUUGGUGGCGGGGGGGGGGAGUGCCUGGCUUUGGCCUUUUUCAAAAAAAUCAAAAUACAAACGAGAAACUUGAAUACAAAUCUUGAAUAUACAAGCGAAAUUUUGGCAGGGAAGAAAUUAGGUCGUGUGUGGGGGAUGGUUGGCUGUGAACAAUCAGGCGUCAAAAGUGCCACGUAUGAAAGUGCCAAUACAUUUUUUAUUUUUAUUUUAGCUCUUGAACUUUUGCAUUUCGACAUUUGUACUCCUUUUUAUUCCUUUUUAUUUGUUUCUUUGAGCAUUUAAGCGCAGAUUUUUCAAACGCUGUAAUCUGGCUUGCUUUUCACAC